AUGUUGGAAAAGCAAUAUUCUCAAUAACAAAUAUCAUAAUAAUAAGAAAAUUCAAAUAUUUCAAAUUUAUAAUCUCAGCAUCAGAAAGUCUAAGAUGAACUCAAGAUAUUAAAAGUGAUUUUCAAUUAGAAUUCGAAUCCAGAUUUGGUUUUGGAAUCACUUUAAAUUAAAGAACAGUUGGUAGUCAUUUAACAAUAAAAAAUAAAUUUGAAAUAAAACUAAAAGUAAGAUUAAUGCAAAUACAACAUAUUAGGAGGCAUAAACUAGACUGAUUUAAUCUCAAGAAGUUAUUUAAGAACUCUAAAGAGAAAACGAUCAAUAAAAGUCUUUUUCAAUGCCUUCCUUCUCUAAUUCUCCCCCUUUUCAAUAGGCCUCAAUUAGUUAGUAAAAUUCUUAUAAUAGCCAUAUCUAAUAACUAAGUUUGAUUAAUUGUAUCAUUAAGUUAAAACAGAGAAGUGA